CAAGAGGCGGGGCGACUCGGCCGCUUCGGAGGCGUCUGCCGCGGCGAGGAGAGCCAUGGGUCAGGCGGCGAAGGUUUUGCAGCUCUUUAAAACAUUGCACAGGACCAGACAACAAGUUUUUAAGAACGAUGCCAGAGCCUUAGAAGCAGCCAGAAUAAAAAUAAACGAAGAAUUCAAAAGUAAUAAAAAUGAGACUUCUCCUAAGAAAAUAGAGGAGCUAAUGAAAAUAGGUUCCGAUGUUGAACUGUUACUGAGAACAUCUGUUAUACAAGGUAUCCACACAGACCACAAUACACUGAAACUGGUUCCUAGGAAAGACCUUCUUUUAGAAAAUAUGCCAUAUUGUGAUGUACCCACACAGAAGCAAUGAAUUUUCUAGAAUGAAACAAAUCUUUGUACCUUUCAGUUUUAACAUUUGUAACUGUGGCAAAAAUCCUAGGUUUACAUUCUUCUGGCAUAUUGAAAAUUAAUCAGAAUAGUUUCAUAAUUAAACUUCAUAUUAAAAGAGCA